AUGAAAAGAGAAAAGGAAAAGAAAAGGAUACCACCAAUGAAUUUGAUGUUUUCUACAGUUGAUGAUAUCAUAGGUAAUGUUGUGUCAGAUAUUCCUAAUGUAAAAAAGGAUGUAGAGCAGUCAGUUGAAAACAAAUCAACUGUUGAAACUAUUGAUAUUGAUGUUUCAUCGGUAAAGGGAACCACUCAAACUAAGCAUCCCGAUGAAGAUGAAGUCAUAAUUGAAGAUAUAUCUUAUGAAGAUAAACAUCAUAGAACUUCGGUAACAAUAAAUCCUAUUGACAAUGAACCUCUUUUGUCAGAGAAAGGUGCAGAGGAAGAAAACUCACAAGUGACGGACUCAUCAAUGCUAUCUGUUGAUGAAGUAGACAAGAAGGAAGAUGUGAAGAAGGAAACAAAAGAAAAGAAAGUAGAAAAAAAGGGUAUAGAGGAAGAAACCCCAAAGGUGAUAAAUUCAUCAAUACCAUCUAUUGAUGAAGAAGAGAAGAAGGAAAUAAAGGACAAGAAAAUAGAAAGGAAGGAAACAAAAACAAUUGAUAUUGGUCUAGAGGAGACCAAGGAACUAGAACAAGACAAGAAGAAAGAGGAUUCCCCAUCUAGUCAACGUGAAGGUAAUAAGAAAACAAAAAUUCCUCCGAUGAAAAGGAAGUUAGAUUUAGAAAAGGAAAGUGAGAAGAAGAAAGCUAAAAUCACCAUCUCAGCCAGCUCUGAGGUAGAGGUUGAAGAAGAAUAA